CAGAGCAGAGUGGAUUACCUCAUCAGUAAAAUAAUUGACGACAGCACAAAACUUGUUCUUGAAAUCAUGACACUAAAUACACAACUACAAAACAAUAAUUUACUAGUGUUCUCCAAAAACAAAUCUGAUGGCCUGAUAAGUAAGAGGCAAGAGCUGCAGAACCGUCUCGACUAUCUGAUUGUGAGGAACCCGACAGAAAACGAGCUGAUUGCUAAAGCCACUGAUGUGCAGAAGAAACUCAGAAACUUAAAUCAAGAAAAACAAACUCCGGACCAGGCAGAAUCCGUCACAAUUACUCAGCUAAAAAAACAACUGAAGGACAAAGAGGAGGAGCACUCACGCGAUCAAGCUGAGAUCCAGUCUCUGAAGAAUCAGCUCAACCACACAGCGGAUCAGUGCAGUAAUGAGCAGAAUGUUAAAGAUCUGCAGAAGCAGCUGGAUACCAAAAUAGAGGACCUGCAGUCAAACUCUAACUCCGUUACUUCACUUGCUCUUCAAGUUUCCACAUUAACCCUACAGGUGGAGGAGCUGAAGAGACAACUACAGAACACUGAAUCGCAAAGCAAGAUUGCAGAAAUUCAAAAAUCGAUUAGUGUGAAAACGGUUGAGCUGGCCAAAAAAAAGGAAGCGUUGAAAGAAAGAAGUGCUCAACCACAAAGAUUUUUGCAGAUUAUUACAAUCCAAAUGGAGAUUGAAAAACUAGCGAAUGUUGCAGUAGAUGACUCAGUCUACCUUAAAAUUAAUGCACUUCAAGAACAGAUGAAUUCUUUGAUUGAGGGAAUUCAAGAUGAAAACGGUGAAAACACUAAACUGAUGUUUCAACUCAUGGCUCAAAAAGAUGAAAUAGAAAGACUGAGGAAGCAAGAAGAGACUCAUGCUCAGGCAGAAUUAAAGAAAAUUAAAGAUCUGGAGAAUGAACUGGAGGGCGUCAGAAAUCAGAUAAAAGAAAAGACAUGGUUGCUUGACUCAAGUGGUACAAGGAUUGCUAACUUGUCGGCUCAGAUCAUGGAACUUCAAACUAAAAUCGAACCACUUGAAGAUGAGAUAUUAUACAUAAAAGAAAUGAACGCUGAGAACCUUGAAGAAAUUCAGAAGAGACUGAAUAGGACCAAGAUGCAAAUGCAAGACAGCGAACUUCAACUCAAAGAAGCAAAUGCAAAUAACUAUAAACAGAUCAUGGAGAUUGCUGACCUGAAGGCAGAUCUGAAAAAAGCCCAGAAGCAGGCAUCAAUAGCUGCCAAAAAAGAUAUCAACAAACUGGAACAACAAAUGCAAAAACAACAAAGAGAGAACCAAAAACUUGAAAGCCAGAAUGAAGAGCUAAAAAAACAACUGAAGGACAAAGAGGAGGAGCACUCACGCGAUCAAGCUGAGAUCCAGUCUCUGAAGAAUCAGCUCAACCACACAGCGGAUCAGUGCAGUAAUGAGCAGAAUGUUAAAGAUCUGCAGAAGCAGCUGGAUACCAAAAUAGAGGACCUGCAGUCAAACUCUAACUCCGUUACUUCACUUGCUCUUCAAGUUUCCACAUUAACCCUACAGGUGGAGGAGCUGAAGAGACAACUACAGAACACUGAAUCGCAAAGCAAGAUUGCAGAAAUUCAAAAAUCGAUUAGUGUGAAAACGGUUGAGCUGGCCAAAAAAAAGGAAGCGUUGAAAGAAAGAAGUGCUCAACCACAAAGAUUUUUGCAGAUUAUUACAAUCCAAAUGGAGAUUGAAAAACUAGCGAAUGUUGCAGUAGAUGACUCAGUCUACCUUAAAAUUAAUGCACUUCAAGAACAGAUGAAUUCUUUGAUUGAGGGAAUUCAAGAUGAAAACGGUGAAAACACUAAACUGAUGUUUCAACUCAUGGCUCAAAAAGAUGAAAUAGAAAGACUGAGGAAGCAAGAAGAGACUCAUGCUCAGGCAGAAUUAAAGAAAAUUAAAGAUCUGGAGAAUGAACUGGAGGGCGUCAGAAAUCAGAUAAAAGAAAAGACAUGGUUGCUUGACUCAAGUGGUACAAGGAUUGCUAACUUGUCGGCUCAGAUCAUGGAACUUCAAACUAAAAUCGAACCACUUGAAGAUGAGAUAUUAUACAUAAAAGAAAUGAACGCUGAGAACCUUGAAGAAAUUCAGAAGAGACUGAAUAGGACCAAGAUGCAAAUGCAAGACAGCGAACUUCAACUCAAAGAAGCAAAUGCAAAUAACUAUAAACAGAUCAUGGAGAUUGCUGACCUGAAGGCAGAUCUGAAAAAAGCCCAGAAGCAGGCAUCAAUAGCUGCCAAAAAAGAUAUCAACAAACUGGAACAACAAAUGCAAAAACAACAAAGAGAGAACCAAAAACUUGAAAGCCAGAAUGAAGAGCUAAAAAAACAACUGAAGGACAAAGAGGAGGAGCACUCACGCGAUCAAGCUGAGAUCCAGUCUCUGAAGAAUCAGCUCAACCACACAGCGGAUCAGUGCAGUAAUGAGCAGAAUGUUAAAGAUCUGCAGAAGCAGCUGGAUACCAAAAUAGAGGACCUGCAGUCAAACUCUAACUCCGUUACUUCACUUGCUCUUCAAGUUUCCACAUUAACCCUACAGGUGGAGGAGCUGAAGAGACAACUACAGAACACUGAAUCGCAAAGCAAGAUUGCAGAAAUUCAAAAAUUGAUUAGUGUGAAAACGGUUGAGCUGGCCAAAAAAAAGGAAGCGUUGAAAGAAAGAAGUGCUCAAUCACAAAGAUUUUUGCAGAUUAUUACAAUCCAAAUGGAGAUUGAAAAACUAGCGAAUGUUGCAGUAGAUGACUCAGUCUACCUUAAAAUUAAUGCACUUCAAGAACAGAUGAAUUCUUUGAUUGAGGGAAUUCAAGAUGAAAACGGUGAAAACACUAAACUGAUGUUUCAACUCAUGGCUCAAAAAGAUGAAAUAGAAAGACUGAGGAAGCAAGAAGAGACUCAUGCUCAGGCAGAAUUAAAGAAAAUUAAAGAUCUGGAGAAUGAACUGGAGGGUGUCAGAAAUCAGAUAAAAGAAAAGACAUGGUUGCUUGACUCAAGUGGUACAAGGAUUGCUAACUUGUCGGCUCAGAUCAUGGAACUUCACACUAAAAUCGAACCACUUCAAGAUGAGAUAUUAUACAUAAAAGAAACGAAUGCUGAGAACCUUGAAGAAAUUCAGAAGAGACUGAAUAGGACCAAGAUGCAAAUGCAAGACAGCGAACUUCAACUCAAAGAAGCAAAUGCAAAUAACUAUAAACAGAUCAUGGAGAUUGCUGACCUGAGGGCAGAUCUGAAAAAAGCCCAGAAGCAGGCAUCAAUAGCUGCCAAAAAAGAUAUCAACAAACUGGAACAACAAAUGCAAAAACAACAAAGAGAGAACCAAAAACUUGAAAGCCAGAAUAAAGACUUACAGUGGGAGGUCGAGGAACUGAAAACGUGCUGCUCUGAUGGUGACACCCUGUGUGACGGUGUACAGAGAAAGCUGGAGCAGUGCCAGCAGGAUGCAGAUCGCCUGCAGCUGCUGCUUGGUGAGAAGGAUGCAAAUAUCGUAGAGUUGGGGAAGGAUGUGGAGGAACAAAUCAGGAACAAUCAGCUCCUGCAGAAUGAAACCAGCGAGUUGAGGGAACAGCAGUUGAUCCAGGCCCGUGCUGCUGAACUGCAGCAGCAGCAGCAGCAGCAGCAGCAUGAGAAGGAAGCCAGACUCAACCAGCUGCAGCAGCAGCUUGAGAUGCAGACCAGAGAGUAUAACGAGCUUCAGGACAAAUACAACAGUAAGUUUAAACCUCUGGGGGAGCCAAGUUCAGAAAGUGUGGAGAUUUUGGCAGACCGUCUUGUGACCAUUAAUGAAGGUUUAAAUUUUGUCUUUCUUGAUUGA